AAAAAAUUACAUGAUUUACGUCAAAAUGCAUUACAUGAGGAUGAAAGUGAAGAACGUCAAUCAAACAAUGAAAAUGAUGAAAAUACCGUUAGUUCAACAACAACAAACGAAAACAAAGAUGGGAAAACAGAACUGGUAACGACAACAAAUGAUGAAAAUAUUAUAGGCGAUGAUACACUCGAUCAUAAAACUGUUCAACAAUGUGAUACAACAGACGAGAAACAAAACAUAGUUCCGCGAACAGCAACAAAUGUAGAUGUUUCAACCACAAAAACAAACGACUCAACUGAGCAACCAUCCUCAAGUGGUGUUUCAUCUGUCAGUACUCCAAGUAACUCAAGUCGCCUGAAAAAACCAUCACCAAAUCCGAAAGCAUCGUCAACAAUGACCGUACCCACCACAACAUCUUUGACACAUCAUUUGCUCGAGGACUCAGAGGAUUUUAAUGUGGAAGAAGAGGAAGAUGAUGAAGAAUUUGAAACAACAAGUGAAGAAGAUAAUGAGAAUGAAGAUGAUGAUAAAGAAGAAGACGAAGAAGGCGUCGUCGAUGAUGAAGAUGAAAACUCGGCAGAAAAAAAGAAAUUAACAAUUAAAAAAAUGGUGACAAAUUCAAUAUUGGCUAUUUUGAAUCGAUCGAAUAAAAAGAAAGAUAUCGACAGUGAAGAUAUCACUGGUGAUGAAGAAGGAAGCGAUGAAGAAAACGAAGCUGAAGAUGUUGACGAUGAUACUGACGAAAUUGAAUCUUCCGAUGCUGAAGAUGAAGACGAAUUGUCAGGCUCUGAUUUGACGAAAAUGUUAGACAUGAACGGUGAUCCUGGUUCAAGCAGCGGUUGUACAGCUGUUGUGACCAUAUUACGAGAUAAACAAUUGUAUGUAGCGAAUGCUGGUGACUCACGUUGCGUUGUAUCACGUGAUGGUAAAGCAAUUGAAAUGAGUACAGACCAUAAACCCGAAGAUCCAAUCGAACGUGAACGAAUAGAAAAAGCUGGCUAUAAAGUUACUCUCGAUGGACGAGUAUCCGGUGGUUUAAAUUUAUCUCGUGCUAUUGGUGAUCAUGGGUAUAAACGUACGGCAAAUUUAUCAGCUGAAGAACAAGCAAUAACAGCUUAUCCAGAAAUAAAAACAUUAACGCUUGAAGAAAAAGAUGAGUUUAUGGUUAUUGCAUGUGAUGGAAUAUGGAACUUUAUGUCUAGUCAAGAUGUUGUCGACUUUGUUCAUAAUCGUUUAUCAAAAUCAAGUCUAACACAAAUUUGUGAAGAUGUAAAUUAA